CUCUAAUGUUUUUUCAAGUCUCCGAUACAAUAACGCUGGUGUUUCCCGAUUCUCCCCACGAUCGCCGAAGGGUUCAUCUCCGUGGUCCUUCUUCCAUGGAGCACGACUCGCACCUCGUAUUCGAUUCUUCGGCGGUUCCUAGGCGCCGUCGGCAACCAGGAUCGCGCAGAGUCCGCUCUAAUCUCCCAGGUUCAAUUUCUGACUUAUUAAACUGCAACAGUGAUUCUUUCUGUACCAUGUCAGAUUGGCAGCCUCGAUCCAGAAAUGAACCUCUCUCCAUAGAUACUGAUAAAACUGGAUCAAAUUCAAAUGAUCGUGUUGGUACCCAUUCUUCAGCACAAUCACCUAUUUCAUCAGAUGGAUCCUUGUGCUCAACUGAAAGAAAAAUAAAUUGUUGGUUAUCUCCAGGAAAUGUAGUAUGGGCUAAAACUGCAGUUCAUGAAUGGUGGCCUGCUGAGAUCAUGGAUGACAAAUCUAUUGAAUCUACCAGGGACAAUCUUGCUGGUCAUGUUCUAGUGCAACUUUAUGGGAGCGAAGAGCGUUCCUGGCUGGAACCAGAUAGAGAUGUGUCACAGUUUGAUCAGUGCUUUGAAGAAAGAAGCAAAAAUCCCUUGCAGACAUUUCAAGAUGCUCUUAAGCAGGCACUAUCCAAACGUGCCCAUUUGAGUCCCAAAGCAAGCCCCAAUAGGCAUUUAAAUGGCGCAAAGAUUUCAUAUCAACCUGAGAAAUGUGACACUUGGCAGUCUUCGCGUAAAACAUCCAAUAGCUUGGACGUAGAAGGGAGAGGCCAAAGGAAAAGAAAAGUAAAGGUUCAUUUCGAUGAGAUGUCACGCAUGCCAACAUCAAAGCGAAAAGUGCGGCGUCUAAGGAUAAUGCGAUACCUCGGGCUCAUGGCUCCAAUUGGAUCUCCUUUUUCUCUUCAGCAUUGAGUGUAUCGCAUCGUGUAUGAUCUAUUUAUUUUUCCCUUUUUAUUCAAAAUAUAUCGGUUCGUUUAAUUUCAUACGCUUUACACGAACAUUUGCAGGAAUGAGGACUUCAUAUUUGUUGAGUUUGUAUGAGAGAAAGCUUAUCAAUUUCUUAUCAAUUUUUUAUUAUGUGAUCCUUGGGUUAUAUAUGUAAGGAUGUAAAUAAGCCAAGAUGAAUUUAACGGUUGUGAA